AUGUCGGCAUUAAAACGAUUUUCGAAGUCGACGAUUAACUGGGCAAAGCUUAGCGAACGAAUGCACAAUCGAUUUGCUAAGGAACUUGAUGUUUUAGCGAAACAGCACGGUCAAUAUUGGGCAACUGUUGUAUCAAAACCCGCUGAUUUAACAAAAUAUAAUUUCGCUGAAUUAAAGAAAGAAAUGCCGGAACAUGCUGCUACACUGGAUAUGUUACAGAAACAAUAUGAAUCAAUUUCGAUACCAUAUGGAGCGAUUCCGGAACAAUUCAAAAAUGAUGCAAAAGAAUAUCAAUCAUACCAUGAAGCACGAAUGGAUUUUUUUAAUUUGUGGGCGCAAUAUACAAAUGAAAAAAUCAAAGAGACUGAAGAGAAAUUUGCUCGCGCUCCACCAGUUGAACAUAUGUCAAGAGAUCACUUUCCUGAAUUCUUUCCAACGAAAGCCCGGGAUUACCGCUUCUCUGAACAUGCGUUCUUUUGGGAUACAUCUAUAUUUGAUAUCGAUGAUCCAGUAAGAAAAAAGAUCGAUCGUGCUUAUGAAAUAGGGCAUGACGAUUAUCAAGGAUUCACAUCACUGUCAUUAGAAAAACAACGUGAAAAAUAUCAAAAAAGUGCUGAGCAUAUGAAGGGAAGAUAUGUUCAUCCAUGGGUACCCAAAGAACUUGUUCCACCUGAAUAA